AAAAAGUUAUUGGAGCCGAGAAAAGAAUAAUUUAAUCAAGAUGUUGCGCAUACCAGGUAUGCCCCUCCUCCCGGGGACGCUCUUUCGCGAAGUCAAUAAAGCCUACUACCCGAAAUCGCAAACGUUGCUCAAUUUUCGUGGCAUACCGAUGUUAAGUGAUCGCCAUGUGGCGAUGCCCGAGGAUCCAGCCGGCGUUGUCAUCGACAUUGCCUGUCCGCCGGCGAAUGCACACGCAUUAUAUCCACCUCGAACGGGCCCACGUCUACCGCCCUGGCUAGCCUACGACAAGAAGGUGCUGUUUUUUCGCGCCUAUUUAAAGCAGACGCUGCAGGAGAACUAUCAUGCACCGUAUAUGGUUCGACAUUUUAAGGUUUACUACUAUAUGGAGGAUGGCACUCUUGAGAUAUACGAGCCCAAGGUUGAGAACUCUGGCAUUGUACAGGGGUGUAUUCUACAUCGUCAGCGUGUCCCCAAGCCACCGCCAUGCGAGAACGAAUUCAUAUCGAUCAUUGACCUCAAUGUUGAUCGCACUGUGCAGAUUUACGAUCGCAACUAUCACUUUGUCGACUGUGAUCGCUUCACACGCGAUUUUCUCAACAAGCGCGGCAUUGUGGUCCCAGAUCCUGUGAUGGCUGCCAUUGAUCCUGCCGCGGGGGUGAGCAAACGUGGUCAAUCCCGACCCAGCAAUCCACCCGAGAAACGACAUCCAUUUGCCCAGUUCCUCAAGUAUGAUCGACAGAUACUGAAGUUUCAGGCAUAUUGGGAUGAUCGCACCGACAUGGGCGAUGUGCGCAAACUUGAGGUGUGCUAUUAUCUGGCCGAUGAUACUAUCGAGGUGAAGGAGGCUCACAUAACGAACUCAGGACGCGAUGGCCCCACUGUUUUCCUCAAACGGGGACGCUUGCAACGCGAAUUUGAUGGAAUGUUGAUGCCCGGUCAACAAACUCCGAAAACCUUGCUUAAUGUGUUGGGAACAGCGCGGAAUGUGCGCUACUGCGUCGAUCCUUUGAAUAUGGGUAACAAGGAGAUAUUGUAUUACGGCCAACGGGAUUUGCAGAUCGGCACCGUGAUCAAUGUGUAUGGCCGUGCUGUGGUCAUCACCGACAUGGAUCCAUUUACAAAGCAAUACUAUCGCGAUCACUAUGGGAUAGAAGACUUUACGCCGAUUGCGGUGCCAACGAGAUCGGAUGUUUGCAAGCCGUAUGACAAGUCGAGCCGAGUGCUGCCACCGUUCAAUGGCUGGGGCAGUUUCGAGGACUCCGCCGGUAAUUGUGUGUCCAUUGUGGCCAAACGUCCUAAAACCGAUUUCAGGAAAUUCAUAAAACUCGAUCGCUAUGUGCUGCGUUUUGGGGCCAAAAUGUUGUCCACAAUACGGGAAAACUGCGAGCGGAUCUUUGUGAUUAGCUAUUACCUCAGCGAUGAUACGAUGCAGGUGCAGGAGAUAGCGGUGCGCAAUUCAGGAUUCCUUGGCGGUGUCUUCAUGAAGCGGGGUCGCGUCCUUAUUCCCGGCCAGGAGACGUUCACCUGCAAGCAGCCACAAUAUUAUAAGCCCUGCAAUUUCUUCAUUGGUGGUACCAUGGUCAUCAGAGACUUUAUCUUUUAUUUGGCUUCGGCUGAUGAGUUCACUUUGAUGUAUAUGGAGCAUCAUCCGGAACAGUUUCCGCACUGUGAUAUUGAAAAGAUUUUGGAAAAGGUGCGUAAAUCUCUAGAGACACACAUGUCACAAUUUGUCGCUUCCUGUGUCCCUGACUGCACUGAUCUGGAGCGAAAGAUGGAGAAGUGCACCGUGUUUGUUUCCUUCGAGAGCCUUAAGAGUGCUUUGAUUGCCAUCAUGGGCAAUACGAUCAGUGAUCAUGAGAUAAUAUCACUUUGCCGUCAUUUCUCUGGGGAGCAGGCUCCUCCAAAUGCUUGCGCCAGAGAUAAGGUGCGUGCCUGCGCUCAUUUGGAGAUCAAGCGUUCGCUAUGGAAUGGUAGAGAUGAGCUGAUGGAGCAUUUCCACCACAUCAAUCCCACCAACAAACCGUUCCUGCCGGAGAACCAAGUGCGGUCAACUUUGCGCGGAUUCCGCAUGCCCUUUACUCUGGAGCUAAUCGAUAAUAUAUUGUCCGUGCUGAAUCGCAAUGAUUGUGAUGAUAUAGAGGUCUGCGAUCUGAUGAAUUUCAUUGAUGUCUCUUGUACGAAGGGCUGUGAUAUGCCUCCCAUCAAUUACGCAUUUGAGCUCUGCCCCAAAUUACCCUUUCAGUACAAGGGACGCGUCGUUGACUUUGGGUGCUUCAUUAAAGCACUCGGUUGUCCCCUCAAUCUGUCCAGUGGCAAUCCUCAAGCGAUAAAUAUGAUUGGCGAUGCUAGAAUUCUGCCACCAUCAUCUACAGUCGAUUGCUAAACACGCACUCGAUGCUUAAUCGUUUCAAGUGAUUCGCAUGCUUAGUUUCUGAAAAAACAUUUCAGAUGUUAAUUCAAAAUUUAAUGUACGAUAUCGGACAAGCCGGAUAUUGACAACUAUAUUAUGUAAGGGCGUAAGCAGGAGAUAGGGGUCCAUGCGGCUAUCAAUUUACAAAGUUUGGUCUCCUCUACAAAAAGGUGGGUACGGCCUGAUUCAUGUCGCAUAAUUUAGCAUACCUUAUUUUGUGGCGAAUGAUAACACUAUCCGCAGAGCGCUCUAUAAUGUACAUACCAAGACAUUUUUAAUUCGAAUUAUUUACGAGAUAGAGUGGUGUCAGAGCCUGUGACAAAAUGUAUGGUGAUCGGCGCCAGUGGACCAUUUUGAGAACAUAUUCCAAUGCAGAUUAAAUUUGUGCCUAAAAUAAGACGACUAGUAAAUCGAUAAUUAUAAUCUUAUGGCUCGUUCGAAAAGUAUUCAAAUAUUGUAUUUUUUGUUGUUCACAAAUGGAGAUAAAAAGUCGACUGUGCGAUUGUCUGUGUAUUACCCAUAAGUUUGGAAAAUUUAAAUUUCAUACAAA